AUGUCCACCCCAAAAGUGUGGACGCAGCCAGUGUGGCAGGAAUUUCUAGCUGCUCGAAAUGCUGGACUGCCACAUCUUCCAGCUGUCUCAGAACUCGACGCAGAGGUGGUACGGAUACUUGGUGGAAAUCCCGGCGACAUGCAAUUGCAAGGAACCAAUACAUAUCUAGUCGGCAGUGGCCAGGAACGGAUUUUGAUAGACACAGGACAGGGAUGUCCGAUCUGGCUCACAACUCUGGUCAACUAUCUUGAGAAACACCAAUUGAGAAUCUCCCACGUACUGCUGACCCACUGGCAUAACGAUCAUACCGGUGGUCUCCCGGCGCUACUGGCGCAGUAUCCACAUCUAGCCACGGCGGUCCACAAGGCCCAGCCGGACCACGGCCAACAUUCAAUUCGUGAUGGACAGACUUUUACUGCCGGAGUAACUACGCUGCGAGCCUUUUUCACACCCGGACAUAGUCAAGACCACAUGUGUUUUGUCCUGGAGGACGGCGGUGCCAUGUUCACGGGCGAUAAUGUGCUUGGACAUGGAGGAAGUGUUGUUGUGGAAGAUCUAGGAUCAUACAUGAAGAGCUUGAAAUCCAUGACCCAAAGUGUGCGCUAUGAAGAGAUAAGAGUUGGAUACCCUGGACAUGGUGCCGUGAUUGACGACCUGCCAGCCAAACUCAUGGUCUGGAGCAGACACUGGGAAAUGCGAGAAAAGAAGGUUUUAUCAGCUUUUGUUGGGGGGAAGACAAAGAUAAAGGCACCCUUGUCGAUGCGGGAGAUCAUCGCAUGUCUCUAUGGGCCCGAGAUGGAGGCGAUGGCGGGGCCAUUCAUAGCGCAGGUUCUAUCGAAACUAGUUGAUGAGGGGAAGGUUGGACUUGCUCGCGCGGGACAAGAGAAGAAGUGGUUUUUGUUAUAG